AUGGAGAACGAUAAGGGUCAAUUAGUCGAAUUGUACGUGCCAAGAAAGUGUUCUGCUUCUAACAGAAUCAUCAAGGCCAAGGACCACGCCUCUGUCCAGAUCAACAUUGCCAACGUUGACGAGGAGGGCAGAGCCAUCCCAGGUGACAAUGUGACCUACGCCUUGUCCGGUUACAUCAGAGCUAGAGGUGAGGGUGACGACUCCAUCAACAGAUUGGCCCAGCAGGACGGUUUGUUGAAGAACGUCUGGUCUUACUCUCGUUAA